AUGAGAGACACACCAGCCGCCGCCGCGGCGGCGCCCUCGGAGCGCUCGCCGCUGCUGCAGCGCCUGGCGGGGCAGACCGACGUGCAGGAGACGGAUCUCGCGCCGCAGGGGUCUGCACGCGCGGCACCGGCUCGCCAGCUGGCGCCCGACCUGCUGCGCGGCUUCCUCAUGGUCGCCAUGGCCUCCGACCACAUUGCCGUGAUUCUGGGCGCUUACCCGCACGGCACGGCCGUGGCAUCUGAGGCAGCAAGCACGGUCGUGACGCAGUGGAGCGACACGGAGCCGUUCCUGCUGCGCACCCUCACGCACCUCUGCGCGCCGGGCUUUGCCAUGCUGAUGGGCAUGGGUCUGGCCUACUGGAGCGCCAGCCGCAACGCGCGCGGCACGCCUCCGCGGGAGCAAGUCUCGCACCUGCUCAAGCGUGGUCUUGCGCUGCUGCUCGUCAACCAGGUGACGUUCCUGCUGCUCUCGGUGCGCCCGCCGUACUUUAUCGUCUUCAACGCCGUGCUGUGGGCGCUGGCCAUCGACUACGUCUGCGUCGGCGGCAUGACAAUUGCCAUCGAGCACUGGCUGCAGCCGACGCUGGGCCUGCGCUUCGCCCGUCCGCCGCCGGAGCCGCUGCCGUCCGAGGCCAGCAAGGCCAAGGCCGACGGCGAGCGGCACGCAUCGAUGUUCGUCGACGCCGUACUGCUGCUUCUCUCGGCCGUCAGUCUCUGGGCGAACGUGUGGACGAGCGACAACCAAGGCGCCUGCACCGCCGCCGAGGCGCACACCACGGCCGGCUGGCCCGCGUCCGCCGAGUGGUGUCGCCUCGAUGCGCCGCGCUUCUGGUACAAGCUGGCCUUUGGCGUCGUGCAGUGCGUCAACAUCCACGUCAUGUCUGCCUUUCCGCCCAUCGGCUGGCUCUCCUUUGUCCUCUUUGGCCUGCUGUACGGCCGCGUGCUGGUGCGCGCGCGCUGGGCACGCCACACCGUGGGCGUCUUCAACGCCAGCCUGGCGGUCAUCUUCGGCGGCCUCUUCGCUGCGACGCGCCUGCUGCAGUUUGGCAACCUCUCGACGGACUGCCUGCGCACGCCCGACCAGCUGGGUCUGCCGGCCGGCGCCAACCAGUACCUGGCGAGCUGGCGCAGCUUCCUCUACGUGACCAAGUACCCGCCAUCGCCGGCGUAUGCCUUCCUGACGCUUUCGGCUUGCUUUCUGCUGCUGGCGCUCUUCUCGCUGCCGGUUCCGGCGCUGUUCUCGGCCGCGCUGCUGCCAUUCGGCCAGACGCCGCUCUUCUACUACGCGGCGCACCAGAUCGUCAUUCAGCUGCUCGCCUUCGUCAUCAUCCCCUCGCCGCUGGCACACCAGCUGCCGCCAUGGGCGCGCGAGGGCCGCGGCAUCGGCCUGGGCGCCGUGUACUACUGCACGUAUGCUGGCCUGAUGGUGCUGAUGUGGUUUGCGUGCUCGGCGUACGGGCGCUGGAAGAGCAGCAAGGGCGCCGACUCCAUCUGGCGCUUCCUGUGA